AGAGGCGGGACUUCCUGCCAGGCCAGGCCGCACUUUUCCCCAUCAUGGCGACCGAGCUGGGGCAGGAGGCUGAGGUGGCGGAGCUGCAGCGGCUGGUGGCGGCCGAGGAGCAGCGGGCGCGCCUCACCGCCCAGGUCCACACCUUCAUGGAAGUCUGCUGGGAGAAGUGUGUGGACAAGCCCGGCUCCAAGCUCGACUCCCGGACGGAGACCUGCCUGGCCAACUGUGUCAACCGCUUCAUCGACACCACCUUGUCUGUCACCAACCGCUUUGCGCAGCUCAUGCAGAAAGGCGGCCACUGACCCGGGCUCCGGCGGGCUCUGGAGGGGCCCUCUUCCCCGGUCAGCCUGAGGAAGAUUCGGCCAGCUGCCGAUCGGUCCUCAGUUCCCCGACUGGCAAGGACGGGGACUUUGUGGAAGAGACGCUGGACAAAGCAUGCCAGCUACAAAAUCAGGAGCACCUCCAAGCAAGUGGACUUGGUAUGGCAAUGUUGGACUACUGUCCUGCAGCGGCAGAAGUAAAUGCACCCCGAUGGUGUUAAACAAGCUCACAUAAAAUGAAAGGAGUAUAAUAUUGCUUUUCUUCACAAGGGGAUAUAAAGAUUUAGUCCAGUAAUGCUGUGACAGAAUGAUUUGGCUGGAUCUGAAGCUGCUAUUAAUAUCAGUACCAGAGAAAUGUAAUUUAUUCUCCUUUAAUCUUUUAGCACAUUCUGUUGUGAUCUAAGCUUACAGUAACACUGGGGAGAUCAAUCAAACAUUUUAUUUCACUAAGGGUAUUUUUGAACAAAAUGAAAAUUGAUUAUUAAAUGAAGAAUGGUUUCUUGAA